CAAAAGUGAUUCAAUACUCCAUCAACUCAUUGAACUGCUUAUUUUUCCAUCCAACAAUGUCUUCUUCUACUUCAAAUACUCAUGGGUUCUUGUCAUCUGAUAGUGAGGAAGCUUACGUUGUAAUAGAUGCAUUUGUUAGAGAAGAGAAGCAACCAAGGAACAUCAUUGACGUUGAACGGUUGUUUCCAGAAAUUAACACGAAUCAGACGGAUGUCCAGACAGAUGAGGUGAAUCAGGAGGUGGUAAGCAACAAUCCUAUUGUGAUGAAAGAAGUCAAAGUGGAAAGCGAUAUUGGUGAAUAUUCACAGGCCUCGAAAAAUGAUGGAGGUAUUUUGAAAGAAAUAUUUUUGGAAAAGGAUAUCACGCGUUCACAGAAACGUGGGGACCAAGUGUUGCAAUUUCCUCAAGAAGUUAUCAAGAAGGCUUUAAGACCUGACAUCACUCAAUGCUUACUGAUCGACCUGGAUACACAUGUUGUUUAUGAAUGUAAGAUAAUUAAAUCAAAGAGAAAAUAUGUAGAGAUGUAUGUGGGAGAUGGAUGGUACGCAUAUGCGAAAGAAAAAAAGCUAAUGGUGGGAGAUAAGAUGUUCUUUCACUAUAACUCUGAAAAAGAAAUAUUGUAUGUGAGGUUGUCUCGUCGUCGCCGAAAGAACAACGUUUGAAGGCCAUAGGAAUGUAAUGCGUAUUGUUUGUGAUA